AGCAUAUACAAUCUAUAAAGGCCUUUUGGUAGGAUGAGGUUGAAACGAUAGACUGUUCUAUCCGCCAUGCAGUCCCUCACUGCGCAGGGCAUACUAGCAGAAUUGUCGUCUCACCUACAUUUCCCGCUUGCUAGCACUCGAAACACAAUCACACGGCAUCCGACACUAUCAAUCUCAGCCUCAGUAGUUGCUGUGCUCUUCCCACUAGCGCUCCGAAACUACCGGUCCUACAAGACUCUUGAGCGAGGUGGAUUCAAAUUUCCUGUUGUUGGUUGGGCAGUUUCUCUUCUCUUGAAACCAGUUGGGAGAAACACAGUUACUGUGGAGGAGUAUGAAAAAGACUCGGACAAGAGCUCAUGGCUGAAAGCGGGUGACGGACCAACCGAAAUUCCACUGAGGGGAAGGCAACGACCAAAAACGGGAUGGCAUUUCCUUCCGCAUCGACAGGUUGAGUACUUCCCAAAUGAAAAGACACAAAAGCUCCUUACCGAUGAAUUCAAGAAAAUCGCCGAGACGAACAGUUCACUCAUCCAGGUUGGCCGUUCACCACACGAGAACUUUCUUAAUGCACUCCUUGUACAUCCGAGCGUGCAAAGUCCGCAUCCUGUUACGGACGCGUCGUGGCGUGAAAUCGGUCAUGUCCAUUCCCUGAAGGACUUUUCGAUGCAUGUUACGCUCUCACCUCAAGACUGUAAACUGGUGAUUGAACGAGAGUGGGGCGAACGGCAUCCUAUCAGCGGUGUCAUUGGACUGCCGAAAGAAUACCUCAUGCUGUAUGCACCACUUACGGAGGACGACGUACGCGUCGUAGGACUCAUUGUCCGAGCUUCUGUUAGCUAUAUGACGGGUACUAAAAACGUGCAUUAGAUGUAAACUAAUGCAGACUGGAAUACUGAACUCUACUCUCGAGACUCUGCUUACUAAUUUAUCCCUUGGCCGUUUAAUCAUGCUGCCACAAUUGUUAUUAGACAUCAAAAGGAAUUUACGAGCAAGACUUUGUCCACUGGGGAUUAGCUCUUGCUAGAAACCACCUUAUGUUUCUCCGCAAUUAUCUGAAAACAAUUCAACUACACUGAUUUGCGGUUGGGCGAUAAAUGUAUCUCUUCGCUGAGUUGAGGAUGAGUUGAAACAUGAAACAACAGAGUCUCACGCCACUGAUGAGUGCCGCAGGCCGAGGACUGUGGGAAAUGGCCACUGAGUGGACGUGCCUCUUCCCGAAUCCCCCACUUAAAUUUUGCUUCCGGCACAUCAGAGUGGCUUACAACACCCCG